AUGCCUCUAAAGCAUGGGUUUAACGAGAGUCAAUUGUUUCUUGUGACGGUGCCGACGCUGGUAUUCAAUGUUCAACAUUAUGGAGGAGAUGAUGUUGUUAAGCGAAGAAGGGAACACCAUCGUGGUUAUGGGAAUGUGCAAAUUCUGGCUUCCAUUACUUUGGUAGCAAUACAAGUUGAAAGCAGUGGUUCUUGCUCAAGCACAUUCUUCUCUGCACUUGUGCAGCUCAUUCCUUGCAGGGCAGCAGUUGCACCUUUUAGCCCCAUUCCACCAAAUGAAGCUUGCUGCAAUGCCCUUAAGUCUCUAGGGCAGCCAUGUUUGUGUGUUCUUGUCAAUGGCCCUCCGAUUUCUGGCGUUGAUCGUAACAUGGCCUCACUGCUCCCUGAGAAGUGCACCACAAGCUUUGAUCCAUGCAUGUGCUCUUCCUCUUUCUCCCUGAUUAAUUAUUUGUCUCUCUUUUACUUUGAUUUGUUUUAA